GGGCUUUGCAGACGCCGCUGCCCCGAAGCCGCCCGUGAGCAGCCAUGGUGAACCCCACCGUCUACUUAGACAGCGCCACUGACAGCAAGCCCCUGGGCCGCAUCUCCUUGGAGCUGUUUGCAGACAAAGUUCCAAAGACGGCAGAAAACUCCCAUGCUCUGGCCACUGGGGAGAAGGGAUUUGGGUACAAAGGUUCCUGCUUUCACAGAAUUAUUCCGGGAUUUAUGUGCCAGGGUGGUGACGUCACACGCCAUAAUGGCACAGGCGGCAAGUCCGUCUAUGGGGAGAAAUUUGAGGAUGAGAACUUCAUGCUGAAACAUACCGGUCCUGGCAUCUUGUCCAUGGCAAAUGCUGGACCGAACACAAACGGCUCCCAGUUUCUCAUCUGCGCUGCCAAGACGGAGUGGUUGGAUGGCAAGCAUGUGGUCUUCGGCCAGGUGAAGGAAGGCAUGGAUAUUGUGACAGCCAUGGAACGCUCUGGUUUAUGA